GAGUUGCCCGUUCUCAGUCACUCGGCAGACUUCACGUGUUAGUGUCGUGGUGUAAUCAUUGUUAUAAUUUUAGUGUCCUUGAUUUGGAACAAGUAGCAGAAAUGGCGCAGGAAAAACCAGUAUUCGACUACCAUGAGGAAAGCCAGAGCGAGAAACUGGUGCGAAAGUCCAAGGAAUCUCCUUUUAUGGUUUUAGCUAUCGCGGGUUGCGCGGGAGCCGUGGGCUACGGCGCGUGGGCAUACAAAAACCGCGGCAAGAUGAGCACCAGCGUCUUCCUAAUGCAGUUCCGUGUGAUCGCCCAAGGCACAGCCGUCGGCGCACUCUGUGCCGGCAUGGUCUACACGCUGUACAACAACCACUUCAACCACAAACCCAAGGAAGAUCUCGCAAUAUUACCGAAAUCCAACGAGCACUAAAUACUGUCUGUAACGUGUAUACUUGUAGGAAUCUAUUUAAUUUUAGCCAUGUAGGUAAUUUUAAGUCACUUAUGGGUAAAACCAGAGCUAUUUUGUGCAAUGUGUGGUGUGGGCUGUCUUGCAGCCGACUGGUAAAAUGAAUAUUUGAUUGAUGCACAUUGCACUGAUGCGCAGAGCAAGUGACAUUAUUUUAUUAUUUCCCUAACUCGAUGUUGAUGAUUACCUACAUAAAAGCUACUGUAUUUUAAUUUUUAAGUAUUAAUUAAUAUUUUGAGCUACAAUUACUUGGUUAGGUAACAUAACAGUAAUCGUAUUGUACCUAUAAAAUCGUAGCGAUGAUGACUUGUAUCUUUCAUUAUAUUCCAACAUGCAGAUAUUGUAUAUGGUCUGUAAAUGAUAGUUCUAUCGCCCUAACGAUCAGGUAGGCGAUACGAUACCUUAUCUAUUUAUACAGAGAUAUCUAUCAAUUUCGGUAUGUACUAUCAUCGAAAUUCGAUACACGAAGGUAUUUAAUAUGGCGACAGAAUAACUUGUAAUUAUUAUUAUGUUGCGAAAACAUACAAGAUUCAAAAUUUAGUUUUAUAUUACAUAAAGUCAUAUUUUGUAUUAUAAAAUUAUUUGCAGAAUAAUUACCAACUGAAUACUAUCCUAUGAAACUAUUUAGAGAUGUUUAUUUUUGUGUUGUAAAGUGUAUGGCUGUGUUAAUUUAUGUGAAUAUACUUGAUAACUUUAAUGUUAAUAUUGUUUAAAAAAUAAAUUAAAUAACAGCUGUAGAAUUCCACAA